AUGGCGUCUUUUAGCCGGUUAGCGCUUUUAGGUAUAACCGGAGUCAACGAGAAUACUUUAGCCCUCGCAAAAAUCAACAUUGACUUUUCUCUUCUCAAAGUCACUCCAUCUAAAGAGUUCAACGAUGUCGGAAAAAGCCUCUCCGAGUUUCGAAGACAGGAGGCAGAAGAUAGAAACAUCCACAGAACUUCUCGUAAGCUCGGCGAAGUAUUCGAGCCUACCCUCCUAAUAACGCUAGAGCUGCUCCGAGCCUACGGUAUUCGUAUAUUAGCGAUAUCGAAAUGCGCAGUUUUAGUCCUCGAUAAGAACCUAAGGCUAUUUAAAAAAAACUCAGGCGUAGAUGCGAUAAGUAUAUAG